AGCAGAGAUACAACGCGGUUGAUUCCAUGCUUUCAGACUACGACAUCCUUUCUCAGUCUAGCAUCCAGCAACACUCGCUGAGGAAAAGGGACCUCCAGCCUGAGACGCACAUAGAGAGGAUCUUGAGUUUUUCAGCCUUGCAAAGGCACUUUAAAUUAUACUUAACUGCAACUGCUGAACACUUUUCCGAAAAAUUUCAAGCAUUAAUUGUGAAUGGUGAAGGCAAGGAAAAGGAGUAUCGUGUUCAAUGGCAAGACUUUUUCACCGGACAUGUCGUUGGAGAGCAUAACUCCAAGGUCAUGGCACAUAUUGGGGAUGAAGAUUUUACGGUGAGAAUCAAUACUGAUGGAGAAGAGUACAAUAUUGAGCCACUGUGGCGAUUUGUAGACAAUGUGCAAGAUGAAAGAUUGCUGGUCUACAGAUCUGAAGACAUUAAAGAUUUCUCAAGAUUGCAGUCCCCCAAAGUGUGUGGUUAUUUAAAGCUUAAUGAAGAAGAACUGUUGCCAAAAGGGCUGGAAGACAGGGAGCAAAAUGAAGCAAACAUCCAUCGGAAGAAAAGAGCCGUUCCAGAGAGCUCCAAAAACACGUGCAAGAUGUUGGUAGUGGCAGAUCAUCGUUUCUUCAAAUAUAUGGGCCGUGGUGAAGAGAGUACCACUAUAAACUAUUUGAUUGAGUUGAUAGACAGAGUAGAUGACAUAUACCGAAAUACUUCCUGGGACGACGGAGCCUUCAAUGGGUACGGCAUACAGAUAGAGCAGAUUAUCAUCCACAACGAGCCACAUCUUGUAAAACCCGGCGAAAAGCAUUACAACAUGGCAAAAAGUUACCCGGAUGAUAAGAAAGAUGCCUGGGAUGUGAAAAUGCUGCUAGAGCAAUUUAGCUUUGAUAUUGCUGAGAAAGCAGCUCACGUGUGCCUUGCUCAUCUCUUCACAUAUCAAGAUUUUGACAUGGGAACGCUUGGAUUGGCUUACGUUGGCUCUCCCAGACCUAACAGCCAUGGUGGCAUUUGUCCUAAAGCUUAUUACAGUCAAACUGCAAAGAAGGACAUCUUUCUGAACAGCGGCUUAACGAGCACCAAGAACUACGGGAAGACCAUCCUCACAAAG